CAAGAUGAUUGCCGUUUUUACCGUUGUUUUGCUGAUGGCGCUUGGCCAACUCUCUCCUGCGGAAGGAGCAGUAGACCAAAAUGCCAAAUGGAACCAACUCCUAACGAUUUUAAAUAAAGCAUCCCUUGGAGCCAAAAUUUCAAGUCCGCCCAAGGUAGUCCCAAAAGCGCCCCAGUAUUCAAUCCCGCCCAAGCCGGUGACAGAACAAACCAAACCAAACAAUCCAAAAUACACCCUUCGACGGCCCCUCUCCCCAACCGUCAUCGCCCCUUUGCUUCGAGAAUUCCAGAGGAGUGGUAGAUUCGGAACGGUUUUCCAAAGACCAAGACAAAACCAACAACGACGGGUUUGGAAACCCAAAGCUGUUCUUCCAAACGCUGCUGCUCUCGGAGUUGAUAUAACCGCUGCCGGUAGAACUAACGCUCCAAGGAAAGCGGUGGCAGCUAAACCGGUUCAGGCUGGAGUUCCAGUUCCUCCUCUACCCCCAGGACUUCUGAUGUCGGACACUAUUCCACAGAAAGAUAGCGAGGAUGACGACGAUGACAAAAGUGGAAUCCAUGAUGACUGGGACGAUCUCGACGAUAAUGUGGACAUCUAUAGAGAGAGGAUCAAGAAUCAUCUCAUGGCAAAACACGCAGACUUGCUGAAGAAGCGAUUUUUCCAACAAAAAGCAGCGCCAGUAAACACUGGACGCAAAGUUAUGGUCGAUCCAAGGAAGAAUGACGUCAUUCAGUUGUCCGAAUUCGCUGCUAAGCGACAAAAUGCGAACCCCUUUGCUCGAUUUUUAAAUAACGACGAUUUCCUUAAGUUUUUGAUGCUGGGGCUAUCAAGACCAAGCAAUGAUGAUGGUGAUGAUGAUAGCAGCGAUGAGGAAGAUGCCUACGUGAAGAAGAUCAACACUCUUAAUCAAGUGAUAAGUCGGGAGGUACAGAGUGCCCACUCCAGCGAAAAGAGUGACAGCUCCGACAACUCACAAGAAACGGACAACACUUCACAGGAAACAGAUAACUCUAGCGCAUACAAUGUCCACGUAGAUGACAAAUCUAAUGAACAGAGCUCAUUUUCACACAAUAUGGAUGACAAUACAUCAUCAGAGAAUGAUGAAAAGAUCACAGAUUCGUCAAAAUCGAACGACUUUUCCUCCUACGAAACUGAUGAUGGGAAUGAUGAUGACGAAUCGGAUGAACAAUCCACUAAAAGGGACAAUGCUUUUAGUUCGACUGAGGAUUUUUCUAGCCACAAGGAAAGUAAAGAAGACGAGGGCGAUGCUAGUUACGGUCAGAAGUCCGAGGAGGUCUCCUCUGAAAAGGAUACCAGUAAACAGGAUGAAAACGUAGACACGAAAUCUUCUCAGGAAUUGUCUUAUGACGAGGAAAACUAUUCAGACUAUGAUGAUGAAUCUGACGACGAUGGUAAAUACUCCACAGAAUAUAAAGGACAAAAAUCCAAUGAGAAAAUGUCCGCUGAAAACAACUAUAGUGAGAAUGUUGAUGAGAAAAGUAACGAGAACUCCCAGUCUGAAAACAGCAAAGAAAACAAGGACGAGACGUAUGAUGAUAAGUCAGCAGAGGCAGAAGCAGAAUACUCUGAUUACGCAAGUGAAGAGGCGGAAGCUGAACCUAGUGCAAACGUAAGUCAAGAUGACGAUACUGAUUCGAAAGAUGAUGGAAGUCAAGAAGCUGAUCCUGAACCUGAAGGCAACACCAGCAAAUCGACGGACGAUAACACAAGUUAUUAUGAUGAUACAACCGACGAUAACACCAGUCAAUAUGAUGAUACAACCGACGAUAACAAUAGUCAGAAUGUUGAUGUAACAGAUGACAACACUAGUCAGAAUGUCGACGAUAACACCAGUCAGAAUGUCGACGACAACACUAGUCAGAAUGUCGACGAUAACACCAGUCAGAAUGUCGACGAUAACACUAGUCAAUAUGAUGAUACAGCCGACGAAAACAAUAGUCAGAAUGUCGACGACGAAGCUAGUCAGAAUGUUGACGACAACACUAGUCAAUAUGAUGAUACAGCCGACGACAACACUAGUCAGAAUGUUGACGACAAUACAAGUCAGAAUGUAGACGACAACGCUAGUCAGAAUGUUGACGACAACACUAGUCAAUAUGAUGAUACAGCCGACGACAACACUAGUCAGAAUGUAGACGACAACACAAGCCAGAAUGUUGACGACAACACUAGUCAAUAUGAUGAUACCGGCGACGAUUACACUAGUCAGAAUGUAGACGACAACACAAGUCAGAAUGUUGACGACAACACUAGUCAAUAUGAUGAUACAUUCGACGACAACACUAGUCAGAAUGUUGACGACAACACUAGUCAAUAUGAUAAUACAGGCGACGACAAUACUAGUCAGAAUGUCGACGACAACACUAGUCAGAAUGUUGACGACAACAAUAGUCAAUAUGAUGAUACAGCCGACGACAAUACUAGUCAGAAUGUUGACGGAAAAGACGACAACACUAGUGUUGAAGCAGAACCAUUUGACGAGAAUAAAAGCCAAGGGUCUGAUACCAAUACGCACAGUCAAGAAGCAGUCCCCGAGCCUUUUAGUGAAAACACAAGUCAAAACAUCGACGAUGAAAAUAAAUCCCCUGAAAUCGAACUAUCUUUAGAUUUGUUAGGUUUAAAAGAUGACUUCAAUUCUAGGGAAGUUACUGAGGAAAAAACAGACGAUUACAAAUCACAGGAAGAGUUGGAAAAAGUUGAUUCCAAAUCAUCAAAAGAACAAAUUUCAGCUGACGACAAAACCUCCUCCAAAGAAGUGAAAGAUACUGAUUAUAAAGAUAAUUCAUCUAAAGAAAAGGACUACAAAAUAAAACCAGUGGUACUCUUUAACGUUGAUGAUGAUACACUUGAUGAUAGAGACGAUGAUAAUAAGAAACGCUAUCAAUCUCCAAAGAAAGCGCAUGGAAAUCAGCUUAGGACUGAACUUGAAACUUUCUUAAGACUGUUUCAAGCAUGGCUGUCGCAGAAAAAGUAGACGUGUUCUCUUCUUUCAUUGCGUCCAUUCAAUCAGGAAAUGUACAGUAUAAAUGUCUCGCAUUCAUUGUUAUUUAUUAUUUCAUUUUUUUUCUCCUGUUUUCAUAUCAAUAUAAUAAGAUAGAAUAAAGUUGUUCUUGUUGUAUAAUAACAAAUGUUAGUUACUUUAUGUAACUAUUCUACCCUUCACAUCUCAAAGGUAGACAAAGCAAGGAUGGUUGGUAUAUCUCUGCAAUGUAUAUAUAAUGACAGAAUGACAAUGUUCAAUUCAUUCGGUUGUGGAUUUUUUUCUACAAGAGAGUGGCAAUAAUACAAUAAAGGAAACAAACAUAAAAAAAAAAAAUCCAGACCGAACGAACUUUUAAUGGGAACGAAGAAGG